UUCCGCUACCACGGUGCGUAGGACUUGCAUCCGUUGUUUUGUUAAUUGGACUGUCAGGUGUUUGUCGCACGCCACGUUUGGAGCCUUCCGCGAAACCCUUGGCACGGAAUGAUACGCUGUCCGUACAUUCAUGAGAUGCAUGAACGUUUGCUAGGACCAACUCCCAGACGACCACUGCCUAUUGCGUUCCCUCCGCUAGCGAAGCCGGAAGUGAUGGACCGCGAAAGCGACUGCCUGCUCGAGAGCCGGCCGGAAAGCCGCCAGAUCGGCACGAUGGUGAAGCUCAACCCGGACGGCUUCGGGGCGCACACGACCUCCGCCUACCAUCAGUCGCCGCAACACAAAUCGCCACUAGUGCCUUGCCACGGGACGGACACGGACGAGGAGCAGCUGCGGGGCGCCGUGGGUCGGCACCAGCGCCGGGACACGGUCGCCAGUACCGUCAGCGACUCGGACGAGGACGGCAUCUAUCUGCGCACGCACCUGCGCAAGAUCGUCGAGGGUCGCAAGCCGAAGAACGCCAAAACUUCGCUCUUCAUCGUCACCAGUCUUGUCUACGCAAUGCUGCUGAUCGUAGUGUGCGUCGCGUACGUGAUAAGUGAUGUCACGACGCACCGCCUGCCUGUGAUCUACUACGAGGGCUUCUUUACCUACUUGUACGGUGCGAGCAUACUAUUUCUGCUGUACGUGUUCUGCUUCCUGCUGCAAGAGAGUUCCUGCUGCAACGGAAAACCGAAACCACCGAAGGAGAAAAAGCCAAAGAAGGAGAAGAAAUCGAAGAAAGCGACCGACGCGGAAGCCGGCAAAGACGGAAAGGACGGUAAGGAGGGGGGCGCGGCCAAGGAAGGCACAGCCAAGGCGGCGAAGGAGGAGGCGAAGGGCAAGAGCGCGUCCGCCAAAGCGAGCUCGUACCAGCAGUCGAACAAGCAGGAAGUGUAUCCGAAGAAAAAGCGGGACCAGCUGCGUGAGUCCCAGCGGCGCCGGGAGUCGUCCGAGACCGGGACACCGGGGACACCGGCGGCCACGGGCGACGUCGGUCUGUCCACGCCAGCAUCACCGGCCGGACGUAGCGGCAGCAGCGGCGGCCAUAGACGCGACCAGGACCGGGGCCACGAGAGUGGUAAAUAUGUCCUCCAUUUCGUCUCGUUACGUCAGGAAUCGACACCCGAUCCGGAAGCGGCUCUAUCUCCUCGUUUCAAGCGCAAGACUACUCAAGAUCCAGCUCAUGGAAGUUUCUUCCUGCGCGUGGGUGCCAUCGCGUUCGGUCUCGGCACGAUGAUCUAUACCGGGCUGGAGUUUGGUUCAUUCUUUGAGAUACCGUUCACCUCACCGUGUCACCAGAUCUUGCGCGGUGUUAAUCCGCUGUUGCAGAUGAUCUUUACCUUCAUGCAGAUGUACUUUAUCUUCAUGAAUGCUCGGCUGAACAUCCAUCGCUUCAAAGUGUUGGCCCGCUUCGGGCUGAUGCAUAUCGUGGCGACCAAUAUCUGCGUCUGGAUCCGCACACUGGUGUUGGAGUCGUUGAAGGAGAUUACCGCGUACCAUCAGCGGCGAGGUCCGGAGCCGGAGGACUCGGCCAUACUGGAGAAUAUCCGCCAGCAUACGCUGCGCAACGCCGGCAUGGUGAUGGGCACCGAGCUGGGACCGGGCAGCGACGUCGAGUGGGAGCCGCUCAGCGUGAACCUGAACGCCCAGGAGGACCUGCUGUCGCAGGACGCUUCCAGCGUGCUGUCGAAGAUUGUGCAGGGCACGGUGCACACACUCGCCGAAGCGACGACCACGCUGGUGACGGCCGCGUCAACGCCGUCGACGACCACCACGACAUCGACCGCUGCCCCAACAACCACUACGUCCAGCACGACGACCUCGACCACCACCACUACCCCGCUGUGGACAGAGCAGAGCACCAGCACUACCGGCUCAACCUCUACCACCACCACUACGGCCCGCAGCUUCGGCGGUGGCUUGCUGGAUCGACUGCGCGACAUCGUUACAACGGAGGUGACCACUGCCAGCACCUCCUACGAGUCACCGUCGGAUCACUUCGGCACCUCGUCGGACGGUGUGUCAUCGGCUGGCCCGACCAAUGCGACGGCGGCCUCCAUCGCCAACCCGUCCUAUCUGGACGCGCUGGGCGAUCACGUCAACUACCUGCACCGCAACAGCAGCCUCGAUCAGACGUACGAAAGCCUGGACGCGCUGUUCCCGUCGGCCUUCAUCGCCACCUCGACCGCCGUCUCGUCCAACUCCACCGCCGUCAGCUGCGGCCGGGUGAACAUCAUGGGCACGAUCGUGCAGGACUCGGCUCCGUACCUUUACCCGUUCAUCAUCGAGUACUCGCUGAUCGGAGCCGCCGUCAUCUAUGUCAUGUGGAAGCACAUCGGACGCUAUCCGAAGUUCACCAACGAGGAGGACCUGGAGCACCGUCUCGAGGUGAUGCUGUCGCGCCGUGCCGUCGUUAUGGCUCAGCAGGCUCGCACCGGCCGGGUGGAUUGUGUCGGCGCCUCCAAGGGUUUGUUCUUUGGGCUGCUGCUGCUGGUUGGGUCGCUGAUCUGCCUGAUCCUCUUCUUCGUGCUGGUUAGACACCCGCAGCUAUCCCUGCUGGCUAUCUACUUGGCGGACGCGUCGCACUGUGCUCUCAUGGUGCUGGCUAUCUUCGCCAUCAUCAUCGGCUUCAUUCGUGUUCAGAACCUGAAGUUCCGCUGUGAGGAGCAGAGCAACCUGAACGACAUUCUGCUGCGCAUCUCCGCCUUCGGUCUGUUCGUCUACUCCACGUUCAGCGUGAUCGCCGGCUCGCUCAACGCGCUCGAAAGCGAACCGAACCUGCUGGUGAUGGUGACCGGCAUCGUGGCCGUUGUCCAGGUCGUCAUCCAGCUGCUCUUCAUCGCCGACGUAUCGCGCCGACGCGUGCACCUGCCGGAGCACGACCGCAUCAAGCCGGGCCGCCAGAUCGUCACCUUCCUGCUGAUCUGCAACGUUUCCAUGUUCGCCAUCUACACGUUCGAGGCCCAGAAGGUGUUCGCCAACCCGGUCCAGCUGGAUUUCUACGGUUUCAUCGCCUGGUCGCUGAUCCAGCGCGUCACCCUGCCGCUCUGCAUUUUCCACCGGUUCCACAGCGCCGUCACGCUAGCCGAGGUCUGGAAGACUACCUACAAGGCGCGCCUGGAGUAA